CACGCGAGAACCAUGUCUCUCAAACUGUUUGCUAUUUUGUUCCUGGUGUUCGUCGUUGGGUCAUUCGCAAGGUCGAAAUCUGAGCGAGAUUACAGGAAAUGCGUACCAGGGAAACAUUUUAACGAUGGGUGCAACUAUUGUAGCUGCAGUAAAGAAGGAUACAUGUCCUGUACCAUGAUGGCCUGUCUGCAGUACGACGAGGAAACCAACUCCUACAUACCGAAUAAGAGUUCACCAGCUCCGGACGAUUUUUGGGCAUAACAUUAUACAUGUAUCGAUAACGCGUAACGAUGAGUCACUCCACUUCUAUUGGAAACCUGGACAAGAAAAUAGCCGAUAAUAUUCCAGGGGAAAUAAUUCGUACCGCGUGAUUGAACAAUCAGUGCAGCACAGACGGAAUAAAACGAUUCUUUUUGGAAACUUGAA